UCAUCUCCUCACAGAAUUAGCAUAGAGGAGGGUAUAAAUACUUCUGUGAGCGGAAUAAGAAUCAUUAUUCUGAGUUUGUUCUUCAGAUCAUCAUGCCUGAACCAGCCAAAUCCGCCCCGAAGAAGGGAUCCAAGAAGGCCGUCACAAAGACCGCCGGUAAGGGAGGAAAGAAGCGCAGAAAGUCCAGGAAGGAGAGUUACGCUAUCUACGUGUAUAAAGUCCUGAAACAGGUUCAUCCUGACACCGGGAUCUCUUCCAAGGCGAUGGGAAUCAUGAACUCUUUCGUCAACGACAUCUUCGAGCGCAUCGGCGGUGAAGCGUCUCGUCUCGCUCACUACAACAAGCGCUCCACCAUCACAUCGAGAGAGAUCCAGACCGCCGUGCGUCUGCUGCUGCCCGGUGAACUGGCCAAACACGCCGUGUCUGAGGGCACAAAGGCCGUCACCAAAUACACCAGCUCCAAGUAGAAGAACAUCCGGUUUACUCAACCAACACAAAGGCUCUUUUAAGAGCCACCCAUAUUCUCAUUUAAAGAGUUUCUUGUUUGUAUGUUAUAAGCGAAAUCUCGCGCUUUCUUUGAUGUGGUUUGGCGGGGAAAUUAAACUUUGAAGAAUGAACAAUAUUUUAAAAUGGGUUCAUUUCUUCAAAACGAAAUAACAUGUGGAUUUGAGUAGUGUAUUUGAAUUUGAACAAUUUCGUUGAGUGUUUUGUUUACUGUCCUUAAAUUUCAACUUAAUGUGGAAAUUCAUCUUGUGAAUGUAAAAUUUUAACUCCUUUAUUGUGAUACAGCAACAUAUAUAAGUUAAACCUUACAGUUAAAUGCUAUAAUUGUAUGUCUACAAAUAAUAAACUGAAGUAAAAUAAUGCUGACGUACUUUAAACACUUCAAGGAAAUAAAGUUAACAUUACAACAUAAAAAAUACUCUCUGCUAAAAGUAAAAUUAACAUGUAGAAUAUUCUGUUCAUUUAUUACGGUGUAUUUGACAAAUAACUAUUGUACACUUUAUUAAUGAAACAUUUGUGUAAAUCAUUAAUCAAUGGAUUAUUACAUACGUUUCCAAAUGACAUACAUUUUAAUUGACAGUUUUUAUUGUUUGGUAAUUCCUUGUUUUGUGACAACUUUUCUACACAAAUUAACCGUUCAUUAAAAAUAAAAAGCAGCAUAUGUUUGUAUGUGUGAAGUGUUUUAAGCAUGUUUACAAACAAUGUUCAAAUGUAAAAUGUUCAUAUUUUACAUGUUCAUUGAAAUUUUAGUCUAUUGAAGUGCACAUCAGAUUUGUAAGUAAAAGUUUCAGUAUUAACUGAAGAACAUUUUAUAUAAAUAUUUAAUCAAUAUGUCAGUUAAUUAAAUUGUACUUGUGUUUUUAUAGUUUAGACGUGUUCUGCCUGAAUGAGGUCCAUUAUUUCACAUCCUGUCACUGUCUGGAGGCGACAUGAGUUUGUGUGUCUACCAGGUCCAUUAAGAAUUUUCACUUGGGUAAUAUAAACUGUAAGUGUUUAGAAAAGUGGGAAACAAAAUUCUCGUUUGUGUUCCUUGAACCAUUUUUUGUUCCUGAUUGUCUUUCCUUUUGGAUUACGGUGUUGUUAGUUGUUCAAUGGGCCUCAUUCAUGAAACAUGAGCAGAACAAAUGUUUGUGUAAAUCGUUUGUAAAGCAGCCUGAUGAAAAGUUUUGGAUUACAGGUGUGUAAACAAUUAAACAUGAAUACACUGUCCUAUAGCUUUUAAAUGUGUCAUAUCUUACAGCGUUUCCCUCAAAGAUCUUCUUCAGGCAGUUUAUGUGAAGAUUGUUUUUGUUGCAAGGGAAGUUUAUCACUGUACAGUCUUGGAUUUACUCAAAGUUUCUCCAAUGAUGCUGGCGAUGUGUUUAACUGCACCAGAGAAGGACAUCCUCCUGUCAGCAUGAACUGAACAUUAUUUUACACUAAAGCUUCAUAUUAAACCAUUUUUAUUGACCUCUUGGACUCAUUAAGAAACUGAUGACAGCAAAGAUGACUGUAAGAUGACUCUCACUUUCUACAUAAGAUUGUAACAUAAAUCAAUAUGUUACAAUGUGAAUGCACUCCAUAAUAAAUAAA